ACUCAUUUCUCCUGAAGGAUGAGAUCCCUGAAACACCUCAAACAUCACUCCAGGAACAAUGUGGUGAGUUUGUAACCUAAAGAUAAAGAAAGAUGUGUCGCUGCUAGAGACUAGUGGGUGUUGGAGCUACUUGUUUGCAGUUUGUUAGUGAGGUGUUUACACUCUUGUUUGCCUGUGAGUGUGAGGGGAAGCGCGAUUACUUUUCACAUUCAUAUGAGUACCGCAGUGGGAACAUCUUUUCAAAAAGAUAGGAGUUGUGCUUCUAUCUCUGCUGCACGUUUUCUCUUCCUGCUCUUGCUCUAAUUGUUUGUCCUUAGGUGUCUUUCAGAUGCAACUUUUAAUGUGAAAGUACGGACUCUUGCAAUUACUACCCUACCUUUCUCUGUCUCCUUGUCAUUUGUCUUUUUUCUCUUUCAUUUUGUCAGCCUUUCAUUUUGCUGUGCUUUUUCUUCUCUCUCCUGCUCCCCCCUCCCUCCUUCCCCUCUUUCACUCACUCACUCUGUCUUUCUGUCUCUCUUCAGCCUCCCCCCGCACACCCCUCCCUCUCCUUUUCCUUUCUCUCUUCCCUCCUCUCACAUGCUCACUCAAUCUCUCCUUCCCCUUCCCUCCCCUCCUUCUCCUCCCCUCUUUCUUUAUCUUUCAGCCCCUCCAUCUCAUUUCUGUCUCCGUCUCCCUCCCUCCACUCCUCCCCCGCCCACAGCUCUUUCUCCUUCCCUCCAUACCUCCCUCCCUCUCUUUUCUCUCACUUGCACACACACACUCACACACACACACUGUCAUGCUUUCAAAUACACACCCAGUCUCUUUCCUUUCUUUCUCACAAACACACAGUCUGUCUCUGUCUGACUACUUUAAAAGCAGUAAUUAUAAAUGACGUGGUUAUCAGGGCAUCCAGGUCUACUCCCCUCUCCAAACACACAUACACAUGCACGCAAAAGCACACACAGAUACACACACCUUUAUUCCUAUCUCCUCUUCCUUUUCUGCCCUUUUUCUCAAACCACUCUUUUCUUGUCCCCUAGUAUUGUGUCAGGAGAGGAAGCAGCUCUUGCUCUUAUGAAUGGCACAGAGUGAGGACUAGUGUGUGACAGGAAAGUAGGGUCAGAGCUCCUCUCUAUACAUGCUGAGAAAUAACCUCAAACCACUGACCUGCAAUGUCAGCUGCCCCUCUGCCAUAGGACCAGUUUGGUCAUACAGCAGUUUCUUCCUCAUAGUUUUAAUGUUCCACUUUUACAAGCGGCAAGGUAAACAUGUGCAUGAUAGUUGGAAACACUUCCGUAGCGUGCAAUCAUGUUUGUGGGUCUUAUGCAUCAGGCUGGAAUACAGAAUAAGCCUGAAGCUCAAUUGUAUGUCUGUUAUGGAUAUGAGUCUGCCUGGCGGCAUAUAUCAUCUUGUUAAAGGCGCCCGGUGUGGCAGGCAUUAUGAAGUCAGCUAUGGCAAGUGUGGAGCUCAGACCUUAUGCUCCUCAUGAAUGGGACAGACAGAACCAGUGAUGAGCUGACUUUGGUCAGUGUGGCUGCCCCGGGACCCCACAGGAAGUGCUGAGGACAGUCCACGGAAGUCAACUUCCUGGCUGGACCUGCAUCCCUUGUUGUGUUCUUUAUUAUUCUAAAGCCUGUGAAGGAAGGAAGCCGAGUGCUAACACAGAUCUGCCUUAUCUUCUCAAUCGACGGUUUUGUGGAUUCAGAGAAAAAAGAAACAAGGCGUAGUCCGAGUGUGACUUUAACAGAGUAACUCUCAAAAACAAGAUCUUAAUUCUCUCCUUGAAAAUAGGGAAUAGAAGGCUAUAUUGAUUUUGAUGUGAUGCUGAACACUAAAUUUAAGCCACCUUCUUUCGAUAAGAGGGCAAUAAAAAUACCUCGUUUGUAUUAAUAGCACGGUUGCCAAUAUGAGGAGGUGAGGUUGGGGAAAUAAGGUUAUAUGAGGAAUCAUUCUGUAGGGAAGAGAUUUGUAAAUAAAGAACAAUAAUCUAAAAUACACACACCGAUCUAUUUUUAAAACAAGCAUUGUAUGUUUUGUGUGUUUUCUUCCAGGAGGAGCAAAGUAGCCGUUUGGUGCGGACAUACCCCAAGAUGACUGAGGGCCAAAUGGAUGUGGGCACGCAGACAGAGCCUGUGGUGGUGCUAUCGCUGGCUCAGGCUGCCGUUCUUGGACUCAUCUCCCAGAAUGAAAUCUUUGGGGCUACCAUAGCUCCUAAUGGCUUUUACACAGGGGAGCCCAGAGAGUGCCCCCCUCCUCCGCCAGAGGCAAUUGAGUACGAGUAUGCUGACCAGCUAAUAGGGGCAAAUGGAGACUACCUUGCAGAGCCGGCUGGGAGGCCAGAGCCACAGCCCCACUGCAGUGAGAGAAGGCGACCUGGACCCCGCGGAAGAACCAAAAGGCCAAGGACUGAUGAAGAAUCUGAGAUUCCCCACAAAGUACCAAGUCCACAGACUCAGGUCAAAGGUGAGCGUCUUGAGUCUGAAACCCCUCCGUCAUGUGUUCACAUGAACAGCAGUCAAACUCCAGGCAAGUCAGAGGAUCCAGUUUCUCAUCAAGUUUGUCUGAAAGAGGAGCAGGCCUGUGGAAACUGUCCUUCAUGUGUGCGGGGCACAACAAGGCCACAAACAGAUGGACAGCCAGAGCAGGAACAGGAUGCUAAUACUGGCAGAGAAAGAGAGGGGAAGGAAGAAGAGCUGGUGGUAGAGGAAGAGGAGGAGGAGGAGGCACUUAACCUCAAGACCAGUGGUGAGAAUGGCAGUCCCCUAGAGAAUCGCUAUUAUGAGUCCAAUGAGGCGGCCUACGAGUCUUCUGACAUGGCCAUGCCAGGAGAGUACGAGGAUAAUAGCCAGGCUAUGCUAUGGUCUGACCCAGAGGGCCUCGCCAGGCGAAUGCAAAUCGACCGGCUGGACAUUAAUGUACAGAUCGACGAGUCUUACUGCGUAGAUGUGGGAGAGGGUCUAAAACGCUGGAAGUGCCGCAUGUGUGAGAAGUCAUAUACAUCCAAGUAUAACCUUGUGACUCAUAUACUUGGCCAUAAUGGAAUUAAGCCUCAUGAAUGUUUACACUGUGGAAAGCUUUUCAAGCAGCCGAGCCAUCUCCAGACUCACCUGCUCACCCACCAGGGAACUCGACCUCACAAAUGCACUGUUUGUGAGAAGGCCUUCACGCAGACCAGCCAUCUGAAGAGGCACAUGCUACAGCAUUCAGACGUCAAACCCUACAGCUGUCGCUUCUGUGGCCGAGGUUUUGCCUACCCGAGUGAGCUAAGGACCCAUGAGAACAAACAUGAGAAUGGUCAGUGCCAUGUCUGCACCCAAUGCGGUCUUGAGUUCCCAACAUAUGCACACCUGAAGCGCCACCUGACUAGUCAUCAAGGCCCUACAACCUACCAGUGCACCGAGUGCCACAAGUCUUUUGCAUACCGCAGCCAGCUACAGAACCACUUGAUGAAGCACCAGAAUGUGCGACCCUAUGUAUGCCCUGAGUGUGGCAUGGAGUUUGUGCAGAUCCACCACCUUCGGCAACACGCUCUCACUCACAAGGUACUGGCAGCGCACACCCUUCCACUGAAGGUACUGAAACCAAAAGAUGUGCCUUUGUCUUCCAGUUUGUGUUCAAAAAGCUUGUCUUACGCAACCGCACAUCGCUUAACCUUGACUUAAAAUAGAAAAAUGUCUCUAUCCUGAUAUAAAAAUAAGGGAUUUUGGGAUUUAAAGAGAGGUAUUUUGACAUCAUUCACUCAUACUCCUCUGUAUGAAUCCUUAUAUCACAUGAGGGUAUACUGCACACUUGCAUCACAGCCUUUCUGCAAAACCAGUUGCUUUGUAAACACAGCCUUCAAAGGCCUUGAGUUUUUGUGUGGCUCAACCCCCUCCUGCAUGUGUUUUGUGUUGUGUGUCAUUUGCAGAGCUACUUCCUUUGUGUCUGAUGAAUCACUCGUCUGUCUCUCCAUCGCAUUAUGUGGUCUGUUUUCCUCUACAGAGGGGGCAUACUAUCCACUGGAUAUACUUUUGUUAAUCAGUUAAAUUAAAGUUGUGAGUCCUUGUUAAAACUUCUUUCGACUGUUCCACUCAGUUGUGCUCUGAACACUUAGGGUUGAAGUGUGAGGAUUAUAGAUGGGAAGGGAUAGACAGUAGAUGAGCUGGAUCUUAGGCUAUAGGGCAAAUGUGCUUAUGCAAGCACCUUGUCAAUUGUCCCCCCUUGACUCAUUAUUUAUUUUCCUUUCAACUACUUGUACAUGGUUGGCCAAAUUAAUUGAACAGCCCAAACCCUUUUUGUUCCUACAGGGUAUGAAAGAAUUCAAGUGUGACGUCUGUGCCAGAGAGUUCACCUUGUCUGCCAACCUAAAGAGACACAUGUUGAUCCAUGCCAGUGUGAGGCCCUUCCAGUGCCAUGUCUGCUUCAAAACCUUUGUCCAGAAGCAGACCCUUAAAACCCACAUGAUUGUACACCUGCCGGUCAAGCCUUUCAAAUGCAAGGUGAGUCUUUCUUUUAAGAGCAAACCCAUCGUGAUGGCGCAGGGUGGGUUACUGACUUUUGUGCUCCCGUGUCUCAGGUCUGUGGAAAGUCGUUCAACAGAAUGUACAACCUCCUCGGUCACAUGCAUCUCCAUGCUGGCAGCAAGCCCUUCAAGUGCCCUUACUGCACCAGCAAGUUCAACCUGAAGGGCAACCUCAGCAGACACAUGAAGGUCAAACAUGGCAUCAUGGACACCUCAAUAGAUGGACAAGGUGAACAGCCCCAUCAGAUCUCCCUAAUUACUCUUUCUGCUAUGCAAAAGACGCAGACACUUCAGAAUAUCUGAAUUCAUUGACUGGUUAUUACAAUUCACACCAGUUUUAAGCAACUAUGUCCCCAUUGGGUCUACUUGGAGGGCCUCAUGUAGCAUUAUUGUCACUCAGUCUGUUUCUAAUGAACUUUGACUCGGCAUGUACUGUAAUCCACUGGCCAAGUGUUUUGAUGUUACUCUGUCACUCCCUCCCUCUGAGUUUAGUAUUUAUAACAGUGCCUGGAUUAGCCAUGCUUGUCUCUAUCAGUAGAGACUGAUACUGAGUCGGGGAGGAGGAGCGAUCAAGAGCUGUCCUCAACGAGGCCAAUGGUCUCUAGGAGGGGGCCACAAUUAUCAGAGUUAUUGAGGACACCGUGCCAACAAAUAGUGUUUUUGCUUCCUCCUUCAGAACCACCACAAGACCCAGAAGGGCAGGAGGACUUUGAAGAGGAGAGCUUUGAAUUCAGCGAGCGAGAAAACCGGGCUAACAACAACAACACUCCAGACAUGGCGAAACUCUCUCAAAUGGAGUAUUACAACACCUAUGGGAAAGGCGCGGGGCGCUUCAGCACAGCAUGAGCUAUCAAACUCACCUCAAAGUCAAUUUAAGUGUUAAAUAAUGAAAAAAAGCAUUUUGCCUUUUUUUGGUUUUGUUUUGUUUUUUGUGAUCAGACAUUGCGCUGGGGUUAUUCCUCAAGGCUUUGGAGAAGACUGCACAUUCAUAUGCACUGAACUUACAGAUAAAACACAAAUUUUGAAAAUGUUUACUUUUACAUGACCAUUAUUUUUCAUCUCUAAAAAACAGCAAAUCUACUGACAUAGUAUAUUAUAAUUAAAAGGGUUAACUGUCUUUGACAGGAGCAUUGAGGUUAAAAAAAAAAAACUAUAAAUAAAGGUUUUUACUGUCAGUUUCUUGACCACAGGAACAUCAUCUGAGCCUAAUUUUAAAGCACAUUUUUUUGCCUCAAAUCUAAAGGCAUAUGGUAAUGUUAUACUGCACUUACUUGUUCAGACAAUCCCGGUCUCUUUCAACUGUUGGGAUAAAUUAAUGUGAAGGUUUAAAAAAGGGAACAAGUGUAACUGCUCAUCUCACUUGCCAAAGCUUUGAUUUAUACUGUGAUAAAUCACAUUUGAGGUCUGCUAAAUGAGUUCUGCGAUCUGUGUUGUAUUGUAUAUUAUUGUACAGAAUGUAUCAGUCUGCUUGUAUGUUGGCUGGUAUUAUAAUCAGUGCAUUUCACUGAGGGUCACUGUGUCUACUUUUAAGGUUCCUGCAUUAACAAGCAUCACCCUGUAUUGAUCUCUAGUCUAUGAAUGUAAUUGUUUCUGUGGAAUGUUUUUAAAACGCUAAUGAAAACAAAAUCAAAACACCCAUUUCAAUGGUAGGACCCCUUUACCAAAGAAUUGGAUCAAAUCUUGCAGCUAUGGAUGCUGUAAGUCUCUUUUCACUUGCUGUUGUGUUAAGCUGGGACAUUGGAUUUCAUGGGGUCCAUUCACAAACCUCAUGAAAUUACAUUCAGGUUUCUCUCCCACCCAUCUGUAGAUCUCUUCAAAAGAUUACCGCAGAGACCAGACUAUGGUACAGCUUCUCUUUCAGCAAAUCUCACAAUUUUCAUCCCAUCCAGGGAUUCACAAGACAAGACUGCGGCAUUUUUUUUCCUAAAGCAAUGCAAACAUGGUUUCCAUAUUGCAGUUAUUUUUUUCUGGAUGAAUCUCAACAAGAAUUGUCCCCAAAAACUCGGACAGAAAUAUUAAGUGCCCCGGUGUGUCUGCAAGAGCAUGCCAUCCAUCAUGCUGUACACUGCUCUCAAGUGAUGAACGACAACCUCCCAACAUGUGACAGGGCCACGGACCUUGUGGAAAAUGAUUUGGGAAAUGCUCAAUAUAUUCAGUUUCCCUAUGCUAAGCUUUUCAAACUUGAAACCUAAAAACUAGGUAUUCAUUUGCAAUGUUUCUAAAGCACAUUAAAAUAAAAAUGCUCAAUUUUGUGAGUUUUUCAGCUUCUGUGUUCAUUAAAUCACUUUUUUUAGUGAUGAUACAAAAAGGGGAGAUGUCCAGUUUAAAUGACUUCCUGUAUUAGACAUUAGUGUGGAGAUAAUGUGGAUAGAAAUGUAUGCAUAAUGUUGUGUAACAGAAGAAACUGUAAAAUAAUAAAUUUAUUUACCUUAAAAA